CAAAGCAAGAGAGAAUCCCUUCACCAAUCCCAAAACUGAAACACAAAAAACCAGUGAACGCUGUUUUCUCGAAUCAAACAGAAACCCCCGAGAAAAACAAAAAGAGAGAAUCAAUGGCGUAUUACACAUUCUGAUUGCAGCCAUUCUCCGGCUUUUUUCUUCUGGUUUCAGCGGUUUCUCUCCGGAAAGCUGCUGAGACAAAUAAAAGGGGUUUGGGAGAUUGAUUCAGCUGGGCACAGAAGAAGCUUCGGUGGUUGCAUUCUAUGGUGGAUGUUCUUCUAUAGGUGAGGAGGGGAAGUAUAUAGUUUUCAACAUCUUCGAAAGCCUCAUUGAUGGCUGAGGAGUGCAUAAGUUUGCCAGAUUCACCAGAUGUGAGCAGAUCCUGGAGAAGGAUUUCUACAGGAAAGCUGAGCCUUUUGUACACUGAAGAGAAAAUUCUCCCUAAUUACCUCAGAGCUCCAGCUGGUUCCUGUCACGAUGUCUGCAAAUAUGGAACAAGACAUGAAUCUGUGAAGAAGGCAAGAGGCUCAACUCUCAAAAGGGUUGUCAAGAAGCUGCCUCAUGACAAGAUCCCGAGCCCGAGCCUGGAUUCGCCAUUGACGAAGAGCAGUGCAUUGGCCAAAAAGGUGACAAAGCCUUCUUCCAACGGCUCUGACGUCAAGAGGGAAGGUACAAGAUUCCCUGGCAGAACUGGUGAUGUCAAAAAGAGGGAAGCUUCAACCGGGGUGUCAGUAGAAGUCUUAGCUUCUGUGAACAACAAGAUCUCUCCCGAGAAAGCCAAGAAAAAGAUGGUAUCUUCAUCAGAAUCUCGGUUAACCAGUUCAAUAACGAGAAAGCCGAAGGUUGUGCAGUCUUCUAGUACAGUAUUUGUACCUCCCGGACGAGCUUCAUUAGGUUCCAGAGAGAUCACUGAACUCAAGAAACGUGCUACUCUCUCAAAGCUAAAAUCUGUUUCAGAAAAAGGGUCAUAUGUUCAAGACAGCAGAAAGGAGAACAGCACUAUGGCAAUGAAGAAGGUUGGAGUCCUUAAAGCAGCUGACAGAAAGGACGGAGUUCUGCCUGGAAGAGCCUCGUCAUUGUCUAGAAAAACAUAUCCAGAUAGAUCUGGAAGUGUAAAGGUGAAGAAAGGCAGCAGCUUGAGUGCUCCUCCAUUGAAAAACCGAAAGGGGGUGAGAAGUACCGAGGCUGAGAAAUCGGGGCUUAAACCAGGGCGAGGAAACGGGCAUAAAGAUUUGGUUGAAGAGAAAACACUUUAUGUCAUCAAGAUGGAAACGGAGAAUGCAGUCGUGGAAUCAGUCCGGAAUGAAAGAUGCAUCAUCGAUUCACCGACCACUGAUCCAUCCUCAUCACCAUCUCAACAGAGGGUGUAUCUCAGGAAAAAGAGGCAAGAGGAAUCUGAGAGUACUGUGACUGAAGCUGAAGAUGAAAUUUCAGGAAAUCGGGUAACUGAAGAAGAUGAUGAAGAAGAAGAUGGUGAUGAUGAGUCCCUUCCUGAUGGUAAAAGGGUACCGAUACAAAGAAGAAACAGAGACUUCUCAUCAGAGGAUGCCGUGAAAGACAAGGCAGUUAAACUAAAAUUCAAGAGUGGAAAGACAGUGGAAACCGCAUCACCAUGGGACAACAGUCCAAGGAGACUAAAGUUCAGGAGAGGAAGAGUUCUGUCCGGAGAUGAAUCAAACCCGAAAUCCAGUAGAAGAAGCUUCAAGACAAAAGGAAGCACCUUGAACAGGGAGGAACACAAACCAAGAUCGUCGGUGAAAAUCUCUCUGAGACACCAAGACACAGAGAGAAAGAAAGAUCAUUCAAGAGGGCUGCUGUUCAACAAUGUGAUCGAGGAAACAGCAAGCAAGCUCGUCGAAACCCGUAAGAGCAAAGUGAAGGCUUUGGUCGGCGCUUUCGAGACCGUCAUCUCUCUUCAAGAAACCAAACCAUUAACCGGUUGAAUGAAAGUCUUCCAAAAAGAAUUAGGGUUUUUUUCUUCUUCUUUACUGUGUGCUUCUUCUGUUUGGUUCCUCAUCUCUGGAGGAGAAAGAACAAUAUGAUCUUUGCUGAAAUCUACGGUAGUCUUAGGAUGCCAUUGUUUUCCUUCUGACCCGGGAAGAACUGUAUCCAACAUUUUGUUAUUUGCGAAAUUAUAUAUUUUCUAAUCGAAAAUUAUGUUGUUGCUUCA